CAGCAGUCGGCCCAAGUAUCCACCCGGCUUAUUCGCCCAAAGUCUCUACUUGCAGAGAGGCUACGAACUACGAGAUGCAUUAACGGCCAAUGGUGGAUUGACCAGUAGCCCUAAUCUCAGUGGAUUCGCGCGUGCCUGCGAAAGCCGAGGUUUUGCUUUUGGAACACACACUCGGAAAAUUGAGGGAGGAACAUUUAUUGCAAAACCCUCUGAUCCUCACUCCUCAGGCCGCUAUGUCUACAGCUGUCUCUGCCCCGGGAAAAGUCUUCUUGGCAGGCGGCUAUCUAGUCCUCGAUCGCGCGUAUACUGCUUUGGUGUUUGGCCUGAGUGCCCGCAUUCACAUUCUGGUGAACGAUAUCGAGACCGGCUCAGGAGUCGAGCUCUCGGAGAUUGUCGUCCAAAGUCCGCAGUUCCGGGACGCGACGUGGAAUUACGGGUACCAUCUAGCUGAAGAUCAAGGGGGGAUUCAAGUUACUCAGUUGCAAGGUGCCUCGACGGCGAAGCUAUCUCGCAAUCCAUUUGUCGAGACAGCCCUCACCUACGCCCUAACCUACAUCUCUACCAUCCUCCCCUCACCUCACAUCAAACCUACAAGCAUCACAAUCCUCGCCGACAACGACUACUACUCGCAGCCCGCCAACACCCCAAAGAACGCCUCCCACCAAUUCAUCGACUUCGGUGUCCGUCUUCAAGAUGCUCACAAGACCGGGCUCGGUUCCUCAGCAGCACUGGUGACAUCCUUCACCGGCGCCCUCCUCAGUCACUACCUCCCUGAAUCCCUCUUCUCCCUCUCCUCUGACUCUGGCCGUUCAAUCCUGCACAACCUCUCUCAGGCCUCUCACUGCGCUGCGCAAGGGAAAGUAGGCUCUGGCUUCGAUGUCGCAACAGCUGUCUACGGGACCUGCGUCUACCGUCGCUUCUCUCCCUCCAUCUUGUCCGGUCUCGGCGAUCCAGGCUCCUCAGGCUUCGCCACCCGCGUCAAAGCCAUCGUGGAAGACACAGACGCAAGCAUGAAAUGGGAUACCGAGAUCUCCAAACGCGGCGUCACCAUACCCCCUGGAAUGGCGUUAGUGAUGUGCGACGUCGACUGCGGUUCCGAGACGGUCGGUAUGGUGAAGCAAGUCCUCACCUGGAAGAAAGCCGAUCCCGAAGGCUCGAAGAAGCUUUGGGAUGAUCUGCAGGGUUGUAACGAGACGUUGGCGAAGAAGCUGACGGCCGGUGCGGAGAUUGGAGAGUUUAGGAGGGCGUUUGGGGAGAUUAGGGGGAGGAUUCGGGAGAUGGGUGACAGGAGUGGGGUGCCAAUCGAGCCGAAGGAGCAGACGGAGUUGUUGGAUGCUGUUACGGAGGGGGUGGAAGGAGUUGCCGGAGGAGUGGUUCCUGGGGCGGGCGGGUAUGAUGCUAUUGUUUUGCUUGUCAAGGAUGACAAAGAGACGAUGUCUGCGAUUGAGGAGUUUUUGGUGAAGUGGAGUAAGGAGAAGGGAAGCAAUGUUAAAUUGCUUGGUACGAGAGGUGAGUUGGAGGGAGCGAGGAAGGAGGAUAUGAGCAAGUAUGAAUCUCUGGUUAAAUAGCAAGCUAAAGAAUUCCUGGGCUGUGAAUGCCCUGCUUUCUACUAGUACAAUGAACCAGAAAUUGCUUGCAUCCGA